AUGACUCCUGCAGGGUCUCAGAAGGGUGGGGUUGUUGUUGCUGCUGCUCCGCAGCAGCAACAGCAGCCGCUGCAGCAGCAGGCAUCUCUCUCUAGAGCAGAAGCAGCAAAGCAGCAUAUUUUAGCUGUUACUCGCGACUACCGCGUAGCCCCUCGCCUUGACUACCGCACAGUUGCAGGCGCUGAGGGUCCUUUGGUUGUGUUUGAUGAUGUUAAGUUCCCAAAGUACUACGAGAUCGUUACUCUUCAUUUAGGAGAUGGAAGCGUACGAGAGGGACAAGUACUGGAGAUAAAGGGUCGGCGCGCAGUGGUGCAGGUUUUUGAAGGGACGUCUGGCAUUGAUAACCGGCACUGUCAUGCAGAGUUUCGAGGCGAUGUUCUGAAGAUGGGGAUAUCAGAAGAUAUGCUAGGAAGAGCAUUUAACGGGAGCGGGAAGCCUAUAGAUAGAGGGCCUCGAGUAUUAGCAGAAGAUUAUUUAGAUAUCAACGGCUUUCCUAUUAACCCUCAAUGCCGGGUGUAUCCUAGAGAGAUGAUUCAGACAGGGAUAAGCACCAUUGAUGUUAUGAACUCAGUUGUUAGAGGUCAAAAAAUACCUCUCUUCUCUGCUGCAGGUCUUCCGCAUAAUGAGAUAGGUGCACAGAUAUGCAGACAAGCUAGUCUUGUUGCAGGAAAAGAUGUCUUAGAUCACUCAGAUGAGAAUUUCGCUGUUGUAUUUGGUGCUAUGGGUGUUAAUAUGGAAACAGCCCGUUUCUUUAGACAAGAUUUUGAAGAGAACGGUAGUAUGGAGAGGGUUGCAUUAUUUCUUAACUUAGCUAACGAUCCUACUAUUGAGCGUAUUAUAACUCCUCGUCUUGCUCUGACUACAGCUGAGUACUUAGCCUUUGAAAAAGAAAUGCAUGUAUUUGUUAUACUUACGGAUAUGUCUGCAUAUGCAGAUGCGCUCAGAGAAGUCUCUGCAGCAAGAGAAGAAGUCCCAGGAAGAAGAGGAUAUCCUGGUUAUAUGUAUACAGAUUUAUCAACUAUAUAUGAGCGUGCAGGCAGAGUAGAAGGCCGGAACGGCUCAAUAACUCAAUUUCCUAUUCUAACAAUGCCGAAUGAUGAUAUUACACACCCUAUACCAGAUCUAACAGGUUAUAUUACAGAAGGACAGAUCUUUGUUGAUAGAGCUCUUCAUAAUAGACAAAUAUACCCCCCUAUUAAUGUCUUACCAUCCCUCAGCAGACUUAUGAAAAGCGGCAUAGGAAAAGGAAUGACGAGAGAAGACCAUCCAGCUGUCUCUGAUCAGCUGUACGCAAACUACGCCAUAGGACAGGACACACGGGCGAUGAAGGCAGUGGUUGGUGAGGAGGCUUUGUCUGCAGACGACAUGCUGUACAUGGAGUUUACAGAUAAAUUUGAACGGCGCUUCCUGCAGCAGGGGGCCUAUGAAGGCCGCGAUAUAUACCAAAGUCUUGACAUAGCGUGGGAGCUGUUGCGUACUUUCCCUGAAGAUAUGCUGAAAAAAAUUAAAGAAGAUCUCCUUAGAAAAUACUAUCCCAGGACAAAAUACAUGGAAACCCAAGCCAGCGAAAAGAAACAGCCCCCACAGCCACAGGCCUAA